ACGGUGUGAUUUUAGAUUUAAAAAUCCGUCAUUGCAAAAACAUCAUUGCAUCACUUUGCUUGUGACGUGAUGAUUUAAAAGUAAAAAGUAACAAAGAUGGUACGUUUUUUACUUUUAGUCAUUGCUUUGUGGGCUGUUCCGGUCGACCCGGAAAAAUACGACGUGCUCGUAGUCCCACUUUCAAAUUCAAUCCGCAAGAAAGCUUUAGAAGUGUUUCUCCUACCACGAGCCCUGACCCUAAAGAAACGCCCCACUCUCCCCCGGCUUGACAUUGAAGAUGUCGAAGAACCGACUGAAGCUCCUGAUGUAGAUAACUUUGAUGGCCUGAAUCUAGACAGAGAUGAUAACGCUCUUGAUAAUAUAGGAGCAUCGUAUAACGUAGAAGAUGAUUAUGAUGCUGAAAAUAGAAUUGUGGGUGGUACAGAAGUAGAUAUCAAUAUGUAUCCGUAUCAUGUUGGAUAUGGUACGAAUUGUGGCGGUGCUAUUAUUGGUAGGAAGUGGGUGCUGACGGCUGGCCAUUGUGGCAAGAAAGACUACAUAAGAUCCGGCUCAAAAUACCUCAACCUCGGAAAGAGAACCGACGUCCUGAACAACCACAUCCACCCGAUGUGGUCAGGCAAGAACAAGGAGCACCCCUUCGACUACGACUUCCAGGUCCUGGAGCUGGUGCGGGAGCUGAACUACGACGAGAACACGCAGCCGAUCAAGAUCGCGCAUAUUGAGGAUAUGGUCGUGGGGAAGAUGGUCACGGUCACGGGAUGGGGAAAUACGCAGGAGAACGGUCCAUACUCCAGCGUCUUAAAAGCAGUGACCGUGCCAAUUAUCGGGAAGGACCAUUGUCAAAAAGUGCCUUUCCCCUACUUCAGAGGCGCACUUACCCCGAGGAUGUUCUGCGCUGGUUAUACGGAGGGCAAAAAGGAUGCUUGCCAGGGAGAUUCUGGCGGUCCAGCGGUCUCCUACGACCGGCUGCUCGGCAUGGUGUCCUUCGGGUACGGCUGCGCCACGCCGGGGUCUUACGGCGUGUACAGCAAGGUGGCCAAAGUCAGGGACUGGAUCAGAAGCAUCACCGGACUCCCUUUGGAUUAGAUUAAAUUGUCCUCCAAUUUUAAUAAAA